CGGAAAAAGCUAGAGAAACAGAUUGUCAAAGCCAAAGAAAAAAUGUAUCUGUACUAAACAAGAGUUUAGAGGUACCCAAUAUAAAUUCGUUGUCUCUAUGUCUCCGUUUCGCUUUUUCAUUGGUUUUAUUUGCGUCCUAAUUUGACGUUGCCCAAAGAAGAGAUGGCGGCACCGGCGCUGGGUCCUACGUAAAGUCUCCGGCUGGGAGAAGCCCAUGCGUGGUUUCUGUGGACUGGAACACCAUCCUAUCAACUGGCCUUCGUACGGAGUUUGGGGCGGGGCCGUCAUCGCGAGAUCCUGCGUCUGCGCGAAGAUGGUGGAGGAGGAGAGUCUCCGCGUGGUUCGUUGUGGCGGCAGCCAGUUGAAUUUUAGGAGAGCGGUGUUCUCUGCGGAUUCUAAGUAUAUCUUCUGUGUAUCUGGAGACUUUGUUAAAGUUUAUAGCACAGCUACAGAAGAAUGUGUACAUAUAUUGCAAGGACACAGAAAUCUGGUGACAGGAAUUCAGCUCAACCCCAACAACCAUCUACAGCUGUAUUCUUGUUCCUUUGAUGGCACAAUUAAACUGUGGGACUAUAUAGAUGGCAUUUUGAUAAAGACUUUCAUAGUUGGACAUAAACUUCAUGCCCUCUUUACUCAUGCCCGUGCUGAGGAUUCUGUCUUUGUUAUAAUAAAUAAAGACAAACCAGAUAUAUUUCAGCUGGUUUCAGUGAAACUGCCAAAAUCAUCAAGCCAAGAAGUAGAAGCUGAGGAGGUCUCCUUUGUUUUGGAUUAUGUAAACCAGUCACCCAAGUGCAUUGCCUUUGGAAAUGAGGGAGAAUAUGUUGCUGCAGUACGGGACUUUUACUUAUCGGUUUAUUUUUUUAAAAAGAAAAAAACAUCAAGGUUUACUUUAUCAUCAUCAAGAAAUAAGAAACAUGCUAAGAACAAUUUUACAUGUGUAGCAUGCCACCCAAAGGAAGACUGCAUAGCAACUGGUCACAAGGAUGGCAAAAUUCGUCUUUGGAGGAAUUUUGAUGAUAAUAAGAAAUACACAUAUACAUGUCUACAUUGGCACCAUGAUAUGGUUAUGGAUUUGGCUUUUUCAGUGACAGGCACCAGUCUGCUGAGUGGUGGUCGUGAAUCUGUCCUUGUAGAGUGGCGUGAUGCAACAGAGAAAAAUAAGGAGUUCCUCCCCCGUUUAGGAGCUACUAUUGAGCAUAUCGCAGUCUCACCGGCAGGGGAUUUGUUCUGUACUUCUCACUCUGAUAAUAAGAUAAUAGUCAUUCACCGAAACCUUGAAGCAUCCGCAGUAAUUCAAGGUCUAGUUAAAGACAGCAAUAUCUUUACUGGUUUGAUGAUUGAUCCAAAAACUAAAGCUUUGGUUUUGAAUGGAAAACCUGGCCACUUGCAGUUUUAUUCUCUCCAGAGUGAUAAACAGUUGUACAAUUUAGAUAUUGUACAGCAAGAAUAUAUCAAUGAUUACGGUCUUACCCAAAUUGAGCUAACAAAGGCUGCAUUUGGCUGCUAUGGUAACUGGCUUGCAACGGUGGAACAACGUCAAGAAAAGGAAACUGAGCUUGAAUUGCAAAUGAAAUUGUGGACAUAUAAUAAGAAAACUCAAGGGUUUGUUCUUAAUACAAAGGUUAACAUGCCACAUGAAGACCACAUCACGGCUCUCUGUUUCGGGAAUGCAGAAAAAUCUGAAAACCCCACCUUGGUUACAGCUAGUAAAGAUGGUCACUUCAAAGUAUGGAUAUUAACAGAUGAUUCUGAUAUAUACAAAAAAGCUGUUGGCUGGACCUGUGACUUUGUGGGAAGUUACCACAAAUACCAAGCAACUGACUGUUGUUUCUCUGAAGAUGGCUCUUUACUAGCAGUUAGUUUUGAGGAAAUUGUUACAAUAUGGGACUCAGAGACAUGGGAACUUAAAUGUACAUUUUGUCAACGAGCUGGGAAAAUAAGGCACCUUUGCUUUGGGAGACUGACUUGUUCGAAGUAUCUUCUCGGUGCUACUGAAAAUGGCAUUCUUUGCUGUUGGAAUCUGCUCAGUUGUGCAUUGGAGUGGAGCGCAAAAUUAAAUAUUAGAGUAAUGGAACCUGAUUCUAAUUCUGAGAAUGUUGCUGCAGUCUCUCAGUCUUCAGUGGGUUCAGACUUGUUUGUAUUUAAACCUAGUGAGCCAAGGCCAUUGUAUAUUCAGAAGAAUAUCUGUAGAGAGGAAGUCCAGUGGGGAGUGUUUGUUCCACGAGAUGUCCCUGAAUCAUUCACCUCAGAAGCUUACCAGUGGCUGAAUAGAUCCCAGUUUUACUUCCUAACAAAAUCACAGAGUUUGUUGACAUUCAGCACAGAGUCUCCUGAAGAGAAACUCACACCGACAAGCAAACAGCUACUAGCAGAAGAAAGUCUUCCAACAACACCAUUUUAUUUCAUAUUGGGAAAGCACAGGCAACAGCAGGAUGAAAAAUUAAAUGAAGCCUUGGAGAAUGAACUAGUACAACUGCCCUUAACAGAAAACAUACCUGCAGUUAGCGAGCUUCUUCACACUCCAGCCCAUGUACUGCCAUCUGCUUCUUUUCUAUGCUCCAUGUUUAUAAAUUCAUUGCUGCUGUCAAAGGAGACUAAGAGUGCUGAAGAAAUUCCUGAUGAAGUAGAUAUGGAAGAAGAAAAAGAAAGUGACGAUUCAGAUGAAGAAAAUGAUUUUACUGAAAAGGUCCAGGAUACAAGUAACACAGAUCUGGGAGAAGACAUUUUACAUCAGUUAUCAAAAGCUGAAGAAAGAGAACUGAGAAAAUUCAGGAAAGUAGACUACAGCUGGAUAACUGCUCUCUAAGCCUUGGAGAUUGGGGACGGUUCUUGCAAUUUUUUUAUAUGUUGAUACUCCAAAAACAUCUAUUUUAAUGUUAUUUCUGUUUUUAAAAUAAAAUAUUAACAGGCUUUAUUUUUUAAAUAACUGAUAAUAUGAAGCUAUAUUUGCAUCACGCUUUACAGUUGCUGGGUUCAUUUGUAUAUACAAUACAUCUCAUUUUAAUUUUUUUGAUGUUGA